ACAAUGGCUGUGUUACUUCGAACCUGUGUCUUUUUGUGGAUUUCAGCUGGAUUUCUAUCUUUAUCAGAAAUAUCUGAGACCUGUACGGACUACAAUGACUGCCCCGCACCGUGUACAUUUAAAAAUGUUCGUUUUGAGUUUCUGCGAGUAUCUAAAACUUGGUCCCAAGCCAGGAGUUGCUGUGAAAGGCGAGGAGGGGAGCUUCUUAGGGUGAUGAACAGCCAGAUUAAAAUGUUUCUGAGCAACAUCACCAGAGAGAAAAGCACCAGCAAUUGCACAUGGUGGCUGGGGAAGGGGGUCCACGAGCAGGACCAGGACCCCACCAUACAAAAUGCUGACAUUUCAAGGAACAACUGCACAUACAUGAAGCUUAAUCCUCUUCAGCUCAUCCCAACGUCUGACUGCAACCAGAGGCUAGGCUUCCUCUGCACCCACAAUUUUAGCUCUUCAUCAAACACAAAGUACCGGGCGAUGUUAAAUAAUGCAGCCAGAUCUCGGCACAAAAGGAAUGUGAGCAACAUGGCUAUGCAUGUUGCAGACAUUGACAACCUCCUCCUGGAAGCAGAUAAAGAGCUACUGCGUAUGGAAACGACGAUGGGGGAGCCAACAGACGACAGCAGGGACAAAUUCAUUCAGUAUUUGUUGGCAGGCACUAAAAAUCUGAGUGCACAAUAUGCUUUGAACAACAACGACACUAUCAGUCACAUAAUCAACUGUAGCACCGGCAUCCUCCUUCUCUCAAUGAACAAAUGCGACAUCGAGACUAACCCAAACCCUACGUCUUUGUUUGAGGAGGUCUUUGAGAUCUUUCGGACGGUCUCGAUGCUCGUGGGUUCAGCAACCUCACAGAGAAUUGUCAUCAGGCACCCAACAGGCACCAUCUAUCAGAGCAGUCACACACCUGCUGAUCUCAGCAAUGCCGUGCUGGGCUCAGAGCAAGACGGUGAGUUCAUCAUACUCCCCUCACUUGCAGCACUUCAGUCUCAGCUUGGAGGCCGCAGCCCAAUCAUCGCUCAGAUGGCUACGUUCUCAAGGAACCCCCAUCCGUCUGAUGACAACAUCUCAGGAACUCUUUGCAGCCUUUUACUUACCGAUGGAGUCUCAGACAUAAAGCUGACAAACCUGACAGAGAUGAUAGAGAUCUAUUUGCGUCAUCCAAAUGCGACAGCACUGACUAACAGCACUGUUACAUUGGAGAAAAACACAAAAGCACUAACUCAAAUCAACGUCUCAGACCCUAAUGUGACCAUCUUCCUAAAUGUGGAGCCCAGUGCUAAUGUGUCAUUGGUUCUUAAGCUGUCCGAGGGGUCACCUCCUAAUGAUACAUAUUUUGUCAGCACAACCAACUUGAGCCUAACAGAUGGCUAUCGCUGGAUGAUAACCCCCGAGAUGUUACAGCAGACUCCUGGAGUCUGGUAUGUUGACACCAGACUCUUUAAUACCACUUGGGAGCCUGGUCUGACGCUUAAGAUCACUUCUUUCACAAGCAAGUGCUUAUACUGGAACACAGAGAGGGAGAUAUGGACCACUGAUGGCUGCCAGGUGGGGGACAAAAGCACUCCAGAGCGAACGCAGUGUCUGUGUAACCACCUCACUCUCUUUGGGAGCUCUUUCUUUGUGAUGCCAAACUACGUGGACUUAUCUCGCACAGCCGAGCUGUUCAGCACAUUGUCUGAGAACUAUGUCGUGUUGGCGCUGUUAUGUGCUUUCUUUGGGCUCUACCUGGUGACUCUGCUGUGGGCCUGCUAUGCUGACCGCAGGUCUUGCUCUAAGAGGAAGCUGACCCUGCUGGAGGACAACCACCCAGGCGCUCACUACAACUAUCUGAUCAGUGUCCAAACUGGUCAUCGCAAGAACGCUGGGACUACUGCCAAUGUGACAGUGAAGCUGAUUGGCUCACAGGGCGAGAGUGACACACACAACCUCACAGAUCCUGACAAGCCUGUCUUUGAGAGAGGAGCUGUCGAUAUGUUCGUGUUGGCCACACCCUUCCCACUGGGCGAAGUGCGAAACCUCAGGCUGCAGCACGACAACUCUGGAGGUCAUCCGUCAUGGUAUAUAAACAAGGUGACCAUACAAGACCUCCAAACACGACACGUGUUUCACUUCUUCUGUGACUGCUGGCUGAGUGCCGACCGUGGAGACAACAUGACCAAGAAAACCUUCAAUGCUGCAAAGAACAACGAGAUUGCCAGCUUCAGGAAUAUUUUCCAGAGCAGAACAUCGACUGGCUUUAGGGAUGAACACAUCUGGGUAUCCAUCGUGGAUCCUCCCUCACGCAGUCCGUUCACACGUGCCCAGAGGGUCUCUUGCUGCAUGAGCCUGCUCCUCUGCACCAUGGCCAUUAACAUCGCCUUCUGGAACAUUCCUGUAGAUGAGGACUCACCAGUGCUCUUCCAGUUUGGUUCAUUGCAAAUCACCUGGCAGGAGCUCAAGGUCGGGAUCCAGAGUGGUCUUCUCAUGUUUCCAAUAAACAUCCUCAUCAUCACCAUCUUCCGAAGCAUCAGACCUCGCAUGAUUUCAAAAUCUAAAAAAGAUGACCCGGAGGAGAACUUAAGACCCCCUGCAGUUACCAUACCAUCUAUUCUGAAGGAUACAGAGGAGGUGAUUUUUGCAGUGAGCAGUAGUCCGAGGAACAAGAUGUCAGAGAUGCACAGGCUGGAAUCCACCGCUGACCUCUGCCCGGCCUUGGACAGAGUGCAUGAAUUCAUCCAGCUUAUGCAAGGGGAGAAUGAGAGUGACCCCCACUGGGUGUACUGCAGCAAGUUCCUCCUGGCUGGUCUGUGUCACCUCCUGAUGUGCCUCGAGAAACUGGAUGUAAAGAAUUUCCCAAGUACAGACGAGUAUCAGCGGACCCUCAACGUCACCAACAUACUGGUCCGCAAGGCUGAGAUGGUCUUCAGCAGCCACUUGGCCUACUGCCCGCCUCCUGUAAAGAAGAAGAAGAAGUCGGCGAGCUGCUGGCUGCCCUGGUGGUGUGUGUUUCUGGGCUGGUUCCUGUUGCUGUCCAUCAGUGGAGUAUCCACUUUCUUCACCCUGUUGUACGGCUUGGAUUAUGGCAGGGAAAAGUCAGUCAAGUGGGUCAUGUCUCUGGGCCUCUCCCUCUUCCAGAGCAUCUUUAUUCUGCAGCCUCUCAAAGUGAUCGGUAUUGCUGUGUUUUUUGCCCUGCUGCUAAAACCUGUAGCCGUGGAGGAGACUGAGGAAAUUGAGCAGGUGAUGUUAGAGCAACAAGACAAGUGUAGACGAUAUUCUGGCAGGGACACACUGUGAGGAGGCUGCAUUUAGCGGGAUAAGCUGUCUUCUCCAACGGGCCCAGCUACGAUCCACGUCACCCACGCUUCGUAAACACUCUUUUGCACUUAUCGGAAGUUUUAACAUUUGGAAUAUAAAAUUCACUCUGGUGUUUUAUAUGUGUACAGCCUGAGAAAGUUUUCUGAAAUGGUGAGUCAGAGUAAAUGGGUAAUUAAAUAACUGUUGCUCUUGCUUGUCAAAGUGUUGCUUUUUCCAAGUCAUUUAUUAUUCCUGACAAUGGAUGGAUUACUGAACGGGUAUACAGGUCCAGGGGCCCAAACUGUCAGGGCCCGAUCUGGCCUUAACCUCAGAGACACAUAUCGACCAGGUAGAGACUCAAAGAGACCACAAAGAGACUCAAAAUGAUCAGAAAGGGACUCAAAAUGACUACAAAGAGACUCAAA